CUCCACCCCCUUCUCUUAUUGUCCGUUGUUGAAUUUGUAAUAAAGUUUUUCAUUCAUCAACCAAUCACAGUACAGACACAAGUCUGAGUCAUUACAGACUGGUGACUACCAUAUUGGAUACAGUUUAUUGGGCAAUUCCAACUUUGUCUUGCAUAUCAGACUUGGACGUAACACUAUUUUACGAGUCGUUACUGUAAUAACCGUGCACGUGGAUUAUGGGUGGAAGGUCAGGCAAAUUUGUGGUACCUCAUACGGAAGAGAAGGUAGCGGAUGGUCCUCGUAAAUCGGAGACAAUAGAGCAAAUCAAAAUCCUAGACAACGAUCAAUCAGUACAACUCUUAAACGGAGUUGUUACAGCUGGACCAGAUGUUCCCAGCAUAGAUGAGUUGGCAGAGUCCCCAGAUGGCGUUACACUCGAAAAUGAUCAUAAAGAAAAUAGGCCAGAAGGGGAAGGUAACGUUGAACAACAAGCUAACGGUGACGUUUCUGCUUCGGAUAUUGCACAAGAGGCUGAUGCAAAGUCAUCUAAGAAAGGCAAUCCGUUAACCCGAAUUUUACGGCGUUUAUCUAAAAAGAGCAUUAGUCUCAAGAAGCACUCCACAGACAAAGGCGCCCCUGAGAAACCUGAGGAUGCUCAAAACGAAGCCAAUCAAGAAGAUAACAUUGAUGAAUUACAACCUCCUGUACCCACAGAGAACAUUGACUUGAAUCCAGUAUCUGACAAUGCAGUUUCGCUAGCUGCAGACAAUCUAGUUCAAGACGUGAUCCUUUCAGCUACUAACACUCAUUUGGAAGAAACUCAAGUUAGUGAGACGAAACCUAGUGAAAAUAGUACUGAUCACGUUCAUGAAAUCACAAAUCAUGUUCAAGAAUCACCCUGUGAAGUUGAGAACUCACAUGUCUCUAAUGUUUAUGCUGAAGAGUUCUACAUCAAGGAAGAACCAGUAACCGAGUGUAAAAUGAAUUCCAAAGAGGUCCUAGUCAACGGUGUCCACUCACAUGAUGAGAUAGAUGAAUUGAAUGCCAACAAUACCAGUGUGCUCAACGAUGACAGUUUAAUUCAGUCGAAACUGGCAAAUCUUGAAUUGGUGAAUGGACACGCUGAAGUUAACGGAUUCCACUGUGAAACAGCAAAUGACUCAAUGGUAGCGGCAAACAAUUAUUGAGAGCAUCACCAUGUUACAUCUAUUUUGCUAAGUGACUUCAUAAUUCAUUCAACAAAUCACCUAUUUCUAAUCUUUCUGUAACAAAAUUGGUCGUCUUUUGUUUUAGAUAUUGUUUCUUUUAUUACCUUUUUGUCCCACUACUCUCGAAAUCUGCUUUAGUCAUGUUCUCUGCACCAUAGAUAUCGGUGUUACUCGUUGACAAAAGCAGAAAAAGCGCGUCCCCUAUCUUCUAACACGUUUGACAUUCAGCAAAUCACAGUUUCACUGAAGUGAUCAACAAAAACUUGUGCCCACCGUUCUGUCUCUCACUCUGUAUCUGUAAAUCUCUUCAGGAUUUCAAUAAUGGUUUUAAAUAUGUUCGUACACCUCAUUUUAUGCUAAUAUUGACAAUUUUUUCACGUGGUUUUAUUUCAACAUCAAUCCUAAAAUAAACUGCUUUUAAUUGCUUUUAAGAGUCAUUUUGCUUUGACUGUAUCUGACUCCAUAUUUUUCUUUUACCUCUUGUUACAAAUCAAAUCUCGACGAUCGUUUGAUCAAGUAUAUAUAUGACCUACCAAUUUUUCCAUUGACAAUCUCACCUUCAAUUUUCUUUUAGGACAAUGCUUCUGUUUCAUUCAAACUAAUGUCACCUUGAUUUAUUCACUAUUAAUUUUGAAAUAUACGGAAUACUUUACAGAGUUGGAUUUGUUGUCUCCAUUGCCGAUACCCAGUUAGCUGUUUUCACAAUCUACUGUUUAAGAGAGGGUCUAUAAUAAUCCAUGAUAUUCUGUGGAUUAUGUAUUUGUUUAUUUGUUUCGUGAUUAUAUUCAGUUAAUCUAGUUUUAUUUUGAUCUCAUGUGAAUGAACAGACUAUGG